AUGGCAACCUUCUUCAUGAUCCUGCUAUUACUAUCACUGCUUCCCCUCCACUCGAGUGCCGCGCCUCGCGACACUCUACUCCUGGGAUCCUCGCUCUCUGUCGAGGAGCACCAGACCGACGUUCUGCAAUCGCCUGAAGGCACUUUUGUCUGCGGCUUCCACAACAUCUAUGACAGCGCCUUCACCUUCUCGAUAUGGUACGCCAACUCGGCGAACAAGACGGUCGUCUGGACUGCAAACCGUGGCCGCCCCGUGCAUGCCAGGGGGUCGGUGGUCACCCUGCGGAAGGACGGUGCCAUGGUUCUCACGGACUACGACGGCGCAGUGGUGUGGCAAGCAGAAGGAGACCUGGCGGGCGUGCAGUACGCCAAGCUCCUGGACACUGGAAACCUAGUUAUGGCGAACUCCAGCGGCAUGGUUGUGUGGCAGAGCUUCGAUUCACCAACAGACACCCUCCUGCCGACCCAACACAUCACUUCAACUACGACGCUGAUUUCCACCACUCAUCUGCAUGUUUCAGGUCCCUACAUGUUCCAUUUCACGGAUUCAUCGAUACUGUCCCUCAUUUAUGAUGAUGCCGGUGUCCAUGAAAUAUAUUGGCCAAACCCUGACAACGGAGAGUAUCAGAAUGACAGGAAUCGGUAUAACAGUACAAGGCUUGGGUUUAUAGAUGAUACUGGCAGUUUUUUUUCAAGUGAUUUCGCCAACCAGCAGCCACUUGUUGCCUCUGAUGAAGGUGUCGGGAUCAAAAGAAGGCUUACUCUGGACCCCGAUGGUAAUCUCCGACUCUACAGCUUGAAUGAUUCAGAUGGCAGAUGGUCGGUUUCCUGGAUUGCAGUGUCUCAGCCUUGCAAUAUUCAUGGCUUGUGUGGUCCGAAUGGGAUCUGCCACUACUUUCCUACACCUACAUGCUCUUGCCCACCAGGUUACGUGAUGAGCCAACCUGGUAAUUGGAGCCAAGGCUGUAGACCUGUAGUAGACAUUGUCUGUACUGCUAAGAAAGCGCAACCUGUCAAGUUCUUGCGACUUCCAGGCACCGACUUUUGGGGAUCCGAUCAGCAGCAUGUUGAGCAUGUAUCCUUGCACGCUUGCAAGAACAUAUGUAGGAAGGACUGCACCUGCAAAGGCUUUCAGUACCAGCAAGGAACAGGGACAUGCUAUCCAAAGGCUUUCCUUUAUAAUGGGAAGGCAUACACGGCACCUACAAUAUCGACGCCCAUGAUGUAUCUCAAGCUACCAGCGGGCGUGAAUAUUUCAGGUAUUUCAGUUCCCCAAACCAAUGUGCUUAUUUCACCAAGAAAGCAACAUCCUGACUGUGGCCAGAUGAGCGCAUCAACGAUGGAACUAUUUCCGGAGAUUCACAAGUCCAGCCAGGGGGAAGCAAAAUGGUUUUACUUCUAUGGGUUUGCAGGUUCAAUUUUUGUUCUUGAAGCCUUCUUCAUUGCAUCCGCAUGGUGCUUUGUUUUGAGAUGGGAGUUAGGAGCAUCCGAAAUACAAGCAGUUGAGGAAGGCUACAAGGCCUUGACCAGUAAUUUCAGAAGAUACAGUUAUAAAGAGUUGGUUAAAGCAACAAGAAAGUUCAAAGAUGAGCUUGGAAAAGGAGGCUCAGGGAUUGUCUACAAGGGAGUCUUGGAUGACAAUCGAGCAGUUGCUGUUAAGAUGCUGGAAAACGUAAGGCAAUGCGAGGAGGAGUUUCAAGCAGAACUGCGCAUAAUUGGGAGGAUUAAUCAUAUGAAUCUAUAUAUUGAGAAUGGAUCAUUAGCUAAUGUCCUAUUCAAAGACCACAUUCUGCUAGAGUGGAGGCAGAGGUUUAAUAUUGCGUUAGGCGUGGCAAAGGGUUUGGCUUAUCUUCACCAUGAAUGUCUUGAGUGGGUAAUACACUGUGAUGUGAAGCCAGAGAACAUACUGUUGGAUCGGAAUCUAGAACCUAAGAUUGCUGACUUUGGGUUGGCGAAGCUGCUGAACAGAGGUUCCUCUAACCAGAAUGUGUCAAGAGUUCGAGGAACCAUAGGUUACAUAGCUCCAGAGUGGAUCAGCAGCCUCCAGAUCACGGCCAAGGUUGACGUGUAUAGCUAUGGGGUUGUGCUUCUUGAGCUAGUCUUGGGAAGACGAGUUCUCGACAUGGCUCUAGCUGCAAAUGAGGAGGUGCAUAAGGUGCUUAGGAAGUAUGUAGCCAUGCUAGCUCUUAUGUUGGAUAAAGAGGAACCCUCUGCAAUUGCCGAGGUUGUGGAUUGCAGGCUGAGUGGCCAAUUCAACUACAUGCAGGUAAGAACACUAAUCAAAUUGGCUGUCUCAUGUGUGGAUGAAGACAGAAGCAAAAGGCCAACGAUGGAAUCUAUAGUGCAAAUGCUCCUUUUAGCUGAUGAAUCGUGUAGCAUGUGCUAG